CCCGUUUUUUUUGUGACACAAACGUUUCGGGAAUCGCCCUAUUGACGACGCGUUUCGCUUUAUCACGGCCAGCUGUUUUGGAGUUUCCUCGAUCAAGGUUAGCCGUGCUGUUAUUAGUUUUGAAACAAAAUGAAGUCCGAUCUCAGCGAUGGGAUGUCGAAUCACUCGGAUUUCUCCAACGACAGCCAGAAUUCGGUUUCCACCGCCGAAUUCCUGGCCGGUACGGGGAACGGGAUCGUUUUGGCCAAUUCUAACUUUAUAACUCUCGAGGGCCUUAAUUCAGGAGUACCAACUCGAACAACACCGACUCUAACACCAACAACUCUACGGAACAUCGAACAGACGUUCAUUGAAUUGCAAUCGAAACCAGAAAGUCAUGAAAACGAAGCGGGUUUCGUCCCACCUUUAGUACAUUCGAUCGGCCACAAUCAGUACAUCUCCGCUUCGGACGCGGACAGUUUCUCCACGAAAAACCAGACGAUGUGGCACAGCGGCAACAUAUCGCAAUCGAGUUCGGAUUGCGAGACGCGCCUCACGCCGCCUUUGGGCCAGAAAUCCAGCAACGGCCAGGCCAGGAGGAACAUGGGGGGCAGGAAACCCACCAAGGACCUCAACUGCAGCCCCGAAGAGGAGGAACGGCGCAGGAUCAGGCGCGAGAGGAACAAAGCGGCCGCGGCGCGGUGCAGAAAGAGACGAGUUGAUCACACCAACGCCCUGAUAUCCGAGACUGAAGAUCUGGAGAGUAAAAAGCAGGCGUUGCAGGAAGAGAUGCACGAUCUCCAGCAGAUGAAAGAGCAUUUGGAGUACAUUCUGGAAUCCCAUAAAGCGAAUUGUCGCUUAAGCAAUCAAAGUCCUCCCGAUAUAAAGCCGUACGUCGAUCAAUACAACAACGAACGCGUUAAAACCGAGUACAUAGACCAACCGAUGAACGAGAUCUUCCUGUUUCCUUCACCCACGAAAAAGGUCAUGCUGAGCUCCACCGUGCCAAUAUCGAAACCGGCCCGACCGAAUACCCUAAACGUCGGCGCCACGGCGCCGAAGAGCGUCUCGGAUAUCAUCGGCCCGCUCAUUUCGACGCCCUCUAACGGGCUCACGUUCAAUUUCGAUUCUCUGAUGGGCGGCGGUACAGGCUUGACGCCCGUCUCCGUUUCCACGCCUCUUGUGCCAUCGUGCAGUAUCCAACAGCGGAAUAUUCCGGUUAGUAUGGCUGAUUUGGUGUCCCCAGACGCUUGCGGGCCGCCAAAGCUCGUCAGUCUCUGAGACCUGGAAUGGGACGUUUUUGUUGUGUGAUGCCUUCUUUAGUACUUUUCGUUUUUUUUACGUUUUUUCGAGAGAAGAAUUCGACAUGCCAAAGAUUUAUUCCUGUAGCAUAUUUUGAUAAAGCGGUACUGAUGUCUGUUGUUAUGUGUAUAUCCGAGAAUAGUAUUAAUGUAUUGGUUUUUUUUACGUGCAAAGCGAAGGUGGAAUGUUCGCAUCGCAAAAUUAUCGAAAUGAUUUAACAGUAACUCAAGAACGUACUUGAUUGUCAGUAUCAGAAAUUCCAUCGCAACGAUCUAUCUAGUCAUACAUUUGUUAAUGUUGGUAAUUAAAUUAUAUUUUUGCAAAUUUUUUGCAUGUCCAUUCGUCUUUCGUGAGAUUUUUGCGUAUAUUUACGAAUAUUUGUUAUUUUAGGAUUCGUAAUACUUAAGAAAGCUUAGCCGAACAAUCAAAGUUGGACUGUUAUUAAAAAUUUGAACAACCCCCCAGGGACGUAAUUUGUCCGACAAUUUCCUUACCAUGUUUAGUCGAAGCGAACCAAAAAAUUUAUUUAUUGUUAAGAAAUAGUGACGUCUUUUUCUGUGUCAUUUAGCCUGUACAUUUAUUUAUUCUUAAAUAGUUUUUUUACGAACUUUUCUCCAGUACGACAAGAAUUUAAUGUAACAAUUGUAAAGGUUAGUUUUGUUAAGUUCAAAAUUCAAAUUGUUAAUAUAUUUUUUUUGAAAAUGAGUACUAAACAUGGACCAAUUGUUGAUUAAAGUGCUCAACCAGAUUCUUUCAUUGUGCUCCAAAAACAACUAUAAUUAUAUUUUGCUACGAAACCACGAAAUGCCUUUUUUAGACUUGUAUAAAUAAAUAAAAAAAGAAUCGUAUUUUUCAAAUAAUUAAUAUUCCAUCCAUUACUUUUUUGUAAACGAAUUUUAAAAAUAUAUAUAUGAAUAUAUUUUUUGAUAUAGGAGUGCUUCUCAAAUAAAGCAGUUUGUGUUAUUAAUUAUAGGAAUUUACAGUUAAUUUGUAAAACGGGGCUGUUCAAGAUGCGCACAAAUAAAUAAUAUACCAAGUUUUUUUAACCGUACUUUUUUGCAAUAACGCGCAUUUUGACCCGUCUUGUAUAUUUAUAAAAAAAACUAAAAUUAUAUAAAUUUAAUAUAUUGAUAAUAUAUUUUUCAGUAUACUUAGCAAUAUUAAAAGGUUACAGUUUUUUGUAACGUGUCAAUUUUAUAGUAGUUUUUGUCAAACUUUUGUAUUUAUUUGCUGUAAUGCUAUUAUAAGAAAUACAUUGAAUUUACUAUUUUCUAAAUUA